AUGAAGAGUGAAGAGAAAAAUUGUAUGGGCUGCAAAGACCCAAUCUCCAGAUUUAUUCAACUUGCAAAGGAUCCAACUAAUUGUUGUCAGAAAUGUCGGCGCUUUAAGUCAGCACUAGAUGAGAGUACUCAACUUAUAGAAAAAAAGCUUACUCCGUUCUUUGGAAUAUUUUUUGUGUAAUUAUUUUUUUUAAUUUUUAUAUUUAUGCCUCCGGACCUAAAGUAAAUUUUUGCUUGUUAUUAGUACUUUAAUUAUAAAAUUUUUUUUUAAGGUAUGGAAGAGUUAAGAAAAAUCUUAGAUAUAAACACCCAAAUCCAAAGAAAAAGCUGCAAGAAUAUGCACCCAAGCCCGGGAGAAAUAUACUUUUAUUAAAUGAAAUAAAGCCAAUAUAUUAUAAUAAUUACUAAUUUUUCUCAAAGAUUAGGCUAUUUGAAAAUCUUCACACAAUUAUAUUAAUGUUUAAAUUAUAUUAAUUCACUAUAGCACAAUCCAAUUAUCCAAGUAUACCAAACAAAGAUGAAAUGUCUAACUCCCCCCAUUAAAAAUGAACAGGCAUACAUUUUUUUAAAUAAUAUUUUUAAUAUCCUUGCUAUCAUUAAAUUUCUGAUUUUAUCAAUUUUCUAAAAAAUAAAUUUAAUAUUCUCUCACAUAUAUUUAUUACAAUUUUAAAUUUUAAAAUGAUUAUUGAUUUUAUAAAAUGUUCAUCACUAAAUGGGGGAGUAAAUAUAAAUUCCCUAACUUAAUAUUACACAUUAUUUUAAGAGUACAUUUAUAAAAGAGUGUAUAUAUUAUAAUGGUUACAGAGAGAGUGUGCAAUUAUUUUUCAAAUGAUAAGAAUAAGCAGAUUCGCGGUGAAAUUGAUUUUUUUGCAAGAGUCAGAAAUUGUGCAAGAGGAUUUGAUAACAAAGAAAAAGAAAAAAUUAUUGAGGAACUAAAAGAUCUUGAAAAUUUAGAUCUAUACGGUGAAGCUGCUAUGGAUAAAUUGUCAAUAUGUGAUAUACCUGAUACAGUUAAAGAUUUGAUAAAUCAAUACACCAUGUAUGUGAGAAUAAACUUUAAAAAAUGGGAAAGGAAGAUUUAA